CUGGAAACGUCCUAGUGAAUAUAAUACAACGCAUUAGUUGGUUUUAAGUCACAGUUGAACAAACAUGAAUUCUAUUGUAACGACUUGUCCUAAAGUUUCUCUUUCUAAUGGCCUGCAAAUUCCAAUUCUUGGACUGGGAACAUCGCAUGACGGCGGGUAUUCACAUGAUGCCGUGUUGUACGCACUCCGCGAGUGUGGCAUGCGGCACAUCGACACAGCGAAGCGUUACGGCUGUGAGGAGCAGCUGAGUAAAGCAGUGCAGGAGAGCGGAGUACCGCGGCAAGACCUAUGGCUUACAACCAAACUGUGGCCCGGAGAAUACGGCUAUACCUCUGCCAAAAAGGCCUGCCGUGACUCGUGUUCCCGCCUAGGGGUGGAAUACCUUGGUAAGGCUCAAGACAAUAUGGUCUGAGUACUUUUUACUUAUCUGAUAGAUAAAAAGUAUUCAGUCCUUUUUGAUCUAAUAGAUAAGGGAAACGUAUACCAGGUCAAUUGAAACCGGUUCUCAUUUGCAAGAGACAACGUCCACAACAAGAUUAUCUCCCCCUACUCAAACCAAAGCUUGUCCACUAUAGGUAAAAAAAACAAAUGCUUUCCUCUCUUUUCACUCUCACCCACCUUGGUGGAAUGUCUACCGUCUACCUUGGCGUGGUGGAAUGUCUACGUCUCCUUGGCGUGGUGGAAUGUCUACGUCACCUUGGCGUGGUGGAAUGUCUACCGUCUCCUUGGCGUGGUGGAAUGUCUACAUCACCUUGGCGUGGUGGAAUGUCUACUUCACCUUGGCGUGGUGGAAUGUCUACCGUCUCCUUGGCGUGGUGGAAUGUCUACCGUCACCUUGGCGUGGUGGAAUGUCUACAUCUCCUUGGCGUGGUGGAAUGUCUACGUCACCUUGGCGUGGUGGAAUGUCUACGUCACCUUGGCGUGGUGGAAUGUCUACCGUCUCCUUGGCGUGGUGGAAUGUCUACGUCUCCUUGGCGUGGUGGAAUGUCUACCGUCUCCUUGGCGUGGUGGAAUGUCUACAUCUCCUUGGAGUGGUGGAAUGUCUACAUCUCCUUGGCGUGGUGGAAUGUCUACCGUCUCCUUGGUGUGGUGGAAUGUCUACAUCUCCUUGGCGUGGUGGAAUGUCUACAUCUCCUGGGAGUGGUGGAAUGUCUACAUCUCCUUGGAGUGGUGGAAUGUCUACAUCUCCUUGGCGUGGUGGAAUGUCUACAUCUCCUUGGAGUGGUGGAAUGUCUACAUCUCCUUGGCGUGGUGGAAUGUCUACAUCUCCUUGGCGUGGUGGAAUGUCUACAUCUCCUUGGCGUGGUGGAAUGUCUACAUCUCCUUGCUCUCCCUCUAAUUGUAUCAAUCCUCUUUUUUCCCUUAUACCUCUCCCCUCACUCCCUCCUCUGUCUCUCAGAUUUGUACCUGAUGCACUGGCCAGACGCCAUGGUCCCAGGAAGGUCCAAUAGGGAGGUCAGGGUGGAGACCUGGAGGGCCUUGGAGGAGCUGUAUAAUGAAGGGGUGUGUCGUGCCAUCGGCGUGAGUAACUUCCUCGUCUCCCACCUGAAGGAGCUGAAGGAGGACUGUAGUGUGGUACCUCACGUCAACCAGAAUGGGGUUGUCACCAUUCCCAAGUCCACCAAAAACGAGAGGAUCCUGGAAAACUGUCAAGUCUUUGGGUUCCAACUGGAGGGGAAAGACAUGGCGGCACUGGGCAAGUUGCAUGAUGGGAGACACGUGAGCUGGGAUCCCACAUGUGUGGAGUGACAGGUCUUUGGGUUCUCCCUCUCAGAUGAGGAUGUGGACCGCGUCAGGAGACUCCACAGUGACAUGAAGCUCAUUCAUCUCAGCUACCCACUCUGGAAAGGAUUAACAUCUUAAAUACUAAACAAAACUUUUAGAAAUUAGAUCUGUGUGUGUUUAUGGCUGUGAAUAGAAAUGGUGGGUGACUCUGGUGCUUUAACCUGAAUUGUGAAACCAUAGUUGCUGCUAGCCUCACCCAACUGCCUUACUUUGAGAUAUUAGUGCCUAUCCUCCUAGUUGAUGUGACUGGUGGGAUACUUGUUAACGUCAUUGAUUUAUAUAAAAUCAACCAUUACUGUAUGCCUAGACACAACAUUUCCUUAAUCCACUGGUCCUUAAAGGAAUACGUCACCCAAAUGGUUGAUGGGAUUUUAGGGAGGCUAUGCUGCUUAGAUCAAUGCCAUUUUUGUACUCAACUAUUGCUAAUGCUAAACUGGAGCAAAGUAAACAAAACAAAAUAUUCCAGAACAGACUUUCUGGGAAUAUCAAGGUUAAGAUUAUUUUAAUUGUAAAAAAGGAUCCUUCCUCCAGGAUAUUAAUUGUAAUUAACCGAUCAUGUCAAAUGAAUUUAAAAAAAGACAGGAACACUGA